AUGGUGAUCUCAACGGAAAAAACAAAAUCACUCGUAGUAUCGAAAGAUCCCAUCAGAUGUAAAUUAGCCAUCAACGACAUUAUAAUAGAACAAGUUAUGUCCUUCAGAUAUCUUGGAGUGGAAAUAUCUUCAAACCAAAACCGUGAAGCAGACAACCGCGCACAAGUAAACAAGGCAGCAAGAGUGUCCGGAUGUUUGAAAGAUAUUAUAUGGAAAAAUAAGUACAUGAACCCCACAUCAAAAGUCAAAAUUUACAAAACAUGUGUAAGACCAAUUAUGACUUAUGCAGCAGAAACAACAUCAGAAACAUGUAGAACCAAAACUAACAAACGCACUGCAGAAAUGGCGAUUCUACGUAAUAUUAAUGGCUCUACAUUGCGAGAUCGUGUCCGCAGUUCUGAUAUAAGGAAAUCUUUAGAAAUCCAAGAUGUGGUUAGAUGGGUGAGGGAAAGAAGACGUGCUUGGAACGAUCAUAUAUCUAGAAUGGAUACCAGCAGGAUCGUAAAAAUAUCCAAAGAAGGAAUACCGGGCACCAACAGACCUCCAGGACGACCGCCCACAAGGGGGAUGGAUAGCUGGACUUCUACCUUACAGGAGGCUAAUUAG